AUGUUAGGAAAAGAAAAGGCUAUAGAUUGGGAACUUGGAUAUGCAAUGACCAUUCAUACCAUUGGUCGUGUAGAAUAUUUGAGCCAACUUAUUCGGAUUGAAGGUCCCUCAUUACCUUCUGAGAUUGAAGAUGCAAAAAAUAAGAAAGCUAUCGAACGUUCAUUGAGACCAUUUAUUUCUGAAAAACUCAUAGGAUAUAUGGAUCAAGAUAAGAAAAAAGGUCCUGAAAAUCCCGAUCAAUGGACGGUGGAUCGAAUUGAUAAUAAAUUAGGCACAUUGAAGGAAAUAUACGUCUUGUUUGUCUUGAAUGCAAUCAGAAUCAUUGAGUCUGACUCACUCAAUAAGACUAGAGUAUUAGCAAUUAU